CUCUAGAACUGGAAUCAAUAUGUGAUUCAGCUGUUCACAAUGUUUUUAUAGCACACAUAGAGCAAAUUGCUGUGGAACCUCCACAGCUAAUGUUUCCAGAAAGGAUAACAUAUUUUAUCAGCCCAAAUGAUUGCAGUGACCCUAGUCACAGUGGUAACAGGAAAGAAUACUGGUGGGAGGGUCUUGAACUGGCCCCUGCACAACCAGCUCCAUCCAAUUUCCUGUCAAAGUCAUGGGUUGCUGAGCUGCUCAUAAAGGAUGCAGGUAAUGAUCAUCUGCGGUUGGGUACAGAGGUUGACAGUGAUGAAGAUCAGAGCCGCCUGCCAAGGCAUUUGCAGCACAGGGUUGUCCCUUCUGGUCAAGUAGUAAACAAGACUCCAACUGGACCACCCCAGUGGAUUCCAGGCCUAUCGACUCGGCAGAACCAGGACAAUCAACGUGAGUAUGAAGAGUGUGCCAUGCAGCGAAUUGCGGCCGUGCUCACACGUCGCAUCUGUGGGGAAGCUGGAGCACCUGCUACAAUGGUUCGUAGAGGAGGACUGGGACACAGGAAAUGGCGCUGGAGUCCCCAUGUCACUCCACCAGGCGGUACAUACAUGCGGCUUGAGCAAGAGUGGAAGGAAGCCCAGAUUCUUGAGAAGAGAAGUCAGAACCUCUACUAUGGACAUCACAGACUAGAUGGAAGCCUCACACCCAGCAGCGCAACAGGAAUACCUGCGUCGGCUCUCUACCACUCACGUCUGCGCAGCCGUGGGCACCUUUGUACAUAGUAUCAGCUUUUUGUGCUCUAAUCUUGAAGAAAUUUGCAGAGACAUAUUUAUUUUAUUAUCUUCUAUGAAAGACA